AGGAGCCUCCCGGCCGCGCCCUCUCGUGACGUCACGUGGGCGGGACUUCCGGCCGCCCAAGUUUAACAGUCCAGGCGGGAGCCGGAAGCGCCGGGCGGAGCGGUCUGCGCCGUGGCCCCCUGUUGUUACCCUGUCGGAAGACUGUCUUGGGUUGUGAAAUCUUCGUUUUACUAUUACGUGUUUGAACUACAAGACGGGCUAAGGAGGUUGGAUAUUCUUAUAAUUGGUGUGGCGAACUCAUAGAAGGAUCGACUAAGAAUACGUGAUGUGGUGUAAGUUUUAGAACGAUCAGUCCAGCUACUCCAGGGUGCAACCAUGCAGGAAAACCUCCGAUUUGCUUCAUCGGGAGAUGAUAUUAAAAUAUGGGAUGCUUCAUCUAUGACACUGAUAGAUAAAUUUAACCCACACACAUCACCACAUGGAAUUAGUUCAAUGUGUUGGAGCAGCAAUAACAACUUUCUAGUAACAGCGUCUUCCAGUGGUGACAAAAUAGUAGUUUCAAGCUGCAAAUGUAAGCCUGUCCCACUUUUGGAGCUUGCUGAAGGGCAAAAGCAGACAUGUGUCGAUUUAAAUUCCACAUCUAUGUAUUUGGCAAGCGGAGGCCUAAAUAAGACUGUUAACAUCUGGGAUUUAAAAUCAAAAAGAAUUCACCGAUCUCUUACGGAUCAUAAAGAUGAAGUCACUUGUGUAACGUACAAUUGGAAUGAUUGCUACAUUGCUUCGGGAUCUCUUAGUGGUGAAAUUAUUUUACACAGUGUUACCACUAAUAUAUCUAGUACUCCUUUCGGGCAUGGUAGUAACCAGUCUAUUCGGCAUUUGAAGUACUCAGUGUAUAAGAAAUCGCUGCUGGGCAGUGUUUCCGAUAAUGGACUUGUCACUCUCUGGGACGUGAACAGUCAGAGUCCGUACCAUAACUUUGGCAGCACUCACAAAGCUCCGGCUUCAGGCAUCUGUUUCUCUCCUGUCAAUGAAUUGCUGUUUGUAACCAUAGGCCUGGAUAAAAGAAUCAUCCUGUAUGACACUUCAUGUAAGAAGCUCGUGAAGACGUUAGUGGCCGAGGCUCCUCUCACUGCAGUCGAUUUCAUGUCUGAUGGCGCCACUCUGGCGAUUGGCUCCUCCCGUGGGAAAAUCUAUCUGUAUGAUUUAAGGAUGUUGAAAUCACCAGUUAAAACCAUCAGCGCCCACAAGACAUCUGUGCAGUGUAUAGCAUUUCAGUGCUCCACUGCCCUUACUAAGUCAGGUUUAAAUAAAGGCUGCUCAAAUAAGGCCGCAGCAGUGAACAAACGGAGCGUUGCCGUGAGCCCGACCACCGGGGCAGGGGUUCCGAAUUCCGGGGCUGUCAGGGAAGCGGCCCCCGCCGCCGUCACCACCGCUCUGUCGCAGCCCCUGACAGCAGCUGUGGCCAAAGGCGUCCCUAGCACUCAGGACAAAGCAGUUUUGCCUCGAAGCAUAAAUACAGAUAUUUCAUUCAAGGAAACAGACAGUGGAAGAAAUCAGGAUUUCUCCAGCUUCGAUGACACAGGAAAAAGUAGUUUAGGAGACAUGUUUUCACCUGUUCGAGACGAUGCUGUGGUUAACAAGGGAAGUGAUGAGUUCCUUGGCAAAGGAGAAGGCUUUGACUUCCUCCCACAGUUGAGCUCAGUGUUUCCUCCAAGAAAAAAUCUAGUAAAUUCAAGUACUCCAAUAUUGCAUUCUAGUCCUCUUAAUGUCUUCCUGGGAUCUCCAGGGAAGGAAGAAAAUGAAAAUCCUGAUCUGACAGCUGAGUCAAGGAAAGCAUACCUGGGAAAACAGGACCCUACAGACUCCUUCAAACAGUUUGCAAAGUUGAUCUCCUCUGGUGCUGAAACUGGAAAUUUGAAUACCUCUCCAUCCUCUAACCAAACAAGAAAUCUCGAGAAAUUUGAAAAGCCAGAGAACGAAAUUGAAGCCCAACUGAUACAUGAACCCACCGUGAAUGGAUCCUCAACUCCAAAUCUGAAGAUAGCAUCCUCUGUUGCUGCUGGAGUGGCCAGUUCCCUCUCAGAAAGGAUAGUCGACACAAUCGGAAGCAGUCGCCCGAAUGCGCCACUGACAGCGGUUCAGAUCCGCUUUAUCCAGAACAUGAUCCAGGAGACCCUGGAUGACUUUAGGGAAGCAUGCCACCGGGACAUUGUGAAUCUGCAAGUGGAGAUGAUUAAACAGUUUCAUAUGCAGCUGAAUGAAAUGCAUUCUUUGCUGGAAAGGUUCUCAGUGAAUGAAGGUUUAGUAGCUGAAAUAGAAAGACUACGAGAAGAAAACAAAAGACUACGGGCUCACUUUUGAUCUCUCUGUGAAUCCCUUAGUAUUUAAUAACUUGUGGUUUCUGGCAGCACAGAACUACACAGAGUCAGUAUUGUGCUCAUCCUCUGGGGGAAAUGGUGUUAUUUUCAUGUUGCAGAUUUUGUACCAACCAUUGUGUCAUCAUCCUCUGUUAAAAUAUGUAUAUUUUUAUAUUAAAUACUACCGUAAUCUUUUGCCUUAAAAGCCACAGGAUCUUUAUUUUCUGAAAGCUUUAACUGUACACUAAGUGCCCUUUAUCAUGAGCGAAGAAAAUUGCAUAAAAAUAGGUUGUUUGGUUUUUAAUUACGCUUUUUUUACUGAUAUAAAUGAUUGACAAAUUACCUUACAAAUUUUGGGAGGUGCAUUUGAGAUUUAAAAAGUUUGAUAUACUUUCUAUUUUUAUGCAGAAAUUUUAAAAUGACAUUUGAUUUUUUUAAGCCACUGAUGACUAAAACAGUUGGCUAGUAAUUAUUUUUUUAGCUUGGUGGCAUCAAGUAUGGCUAUUUAUUACAUAUACAUGUGAUAAUUUUUGAAAGUUUGAAUUGUACAAAUUAUAUCUUUCACAUUUGUGCUACUGUACUUCGGCUAGCUCUCUUAGUUGGUAUUUGCUAACUUUGUGAGAGCUGAUAUAUCUACUGAUCAUUUUGUAAAUUAAUAAUGUAAAUUUAUACUACAGAGUUUUCAUCACUCUGACUCAGCAUACAAUCUGAAAAUUUCAUAUUACAUGCAGAAUAUUACAGUAUUAUUACCUCUUUUUUUCCUCAAGUAAAAAGUAUGAAUUAUUCUGUUCUAUGGUUUGUAGCAUAAACUUUCUCCAAUUCCUUGUGUUUUGUGAAUAUUUUUAAAUUAUUACCCUUACCAUAAGAUUGUUUGUAAAGGUUCAUUGAAAAGAAUUUUCACUUCUUUGGCCUUAGUUGGACAUAUUCAGCUACCUGCUGUGAUCUGUACUUUUAGUGUCAUUUGACUAGGACAUCUGCUCACUUGUUUAUGUUAUUGUUCUCUUUUGUCCAAAGACUUAAUCUCUGUAUUGUCUAUCCAGCCCUGCUGCCCUGUUUUGGAUUCUGGGUUGAAAAUACUAGAAUUAAAAGGAAAAAAAAAAUCAAAACAACAACAACAAAAAAACCAAGUCAAAAGAACACACUCAGCCCUAGUUUAGCACACUCUUUUUUCCAAAGUGCUGGAAACUAUUAAAAGGCUUAGGUAAGUGAACAUACUAACAGGUUUUCUAAAGAUGAAAAACAAUAACUUUAUUUUUCCCCAGUAGGCCUUAAAGUAAAAGUACAUUUGUGCUUAAAGAAAGCAUAAAAAGGUGUUAAAAUGAUCUUUUCCUACCAGAUUACAAAGCCUUAUGACUUGUACAGUUUCCUUAUCCAUCACUAUCAAAUCAGUUUGGAAGACAUAAUACAGUAUUAGUGUGUUUUGCCUACCUGCUGUAAAUUUAAAUCUGUUAAUAUUUUCCUGUUGCCUUUUUCUGUACAUGUGUAUAACUUUAUUAAAAGAAAUGGGACAAAUUA